AUGCAGUAUGGGCUGGGGGAAGCUCCUCCAGACAGACUGGUGUGCAGGGAGCAGCACCGGAGCUGGUGUACACUGGGCUUCGUCCGGAGCAUCGCACUCAGCCCGCAGGCCUGUGGGGCCCUCAGCUCCCCAAAGUGGAUCACGCUGCUCAUGAAGAUUGUGGAGGGGCAUGCGCCCUUCACUGCCGCCUCCCUGCAGAGGCAGAUCUUAGCUGUCCGUUUACUACAAGCAGUUCUUCCGUCAUGGGACAAGAUGGAAAGGGCACGGGACAUGAAGUGUCUGGUGGAAAAGCUGUUUGGCUUCCUGGGCAGCUUGCUCACUACUUGUUCUUCUGAUGUCCCAUUCCUUAGAGAAUCCACAUUGAGGAAGCGGAGGGCACGACCGCAGGCUUCCUUGACUGCCACUCACAGCAGCACUCUGGCUGAGGAGGUGGUGGGGCUGCUCCGCACUCUGCACUCGCUCACCCAGUGGAACGGCCUCAUCAACAAAUACAUUAACUCCCAGCUCUGCUCCGUCACACACAGCUGCUCUGGGAAGACUCCAGAAAGGGCCCUGCUGGAGGACUACUUCCCAGACUCUGAGAACCUGGAAGUGGGGGGCCUCAGGGCAGUGCUGGCUGUGAUUGGAGGGAUCGAUGGCCGGCUGCGCCUGGGAAGCCAGGUCAUGCAUGAUGAGUUUGGAGAGGGCACAGUGACUCGCAUCACCCCGAAGGGCAGAAUCACUGUGCAGUUCUGUGACAUGCGCAUGUGCCGAGUUUGCCCGUUGAAUCAGCUCAAACCGCUCCCUGUUGUGGCCUUUAGCCUAAACAACCUGCCUUUCACGGAGCCUAUGCUUUCUGUCUGGGCUGAGUUGGUGAACCUUGCUGGAAGCAAAUUGGAAAAGCACAAAACAAAGAAAUCAGCAAAACAGGCCUUUGCAGGACAAGUAGACUUGGACCUGCUACGCAGCCAGCAGCUGAAGCUGUACAUCCUGAAAGCAGGGCGGGCGCUGCUUUCCCACCAAGACAAACUAAGACAGUAUCUACUGUCUCAGCCCGGGACUCUACAUGCAGAUGAUGGAGCAGCUGCAUCCCCUGACCUCGGGGACAUGUCACCUGAAGGGCCACAGCCUCCGAUGAUCCUCCUGCAGCAGUUAUUGUCCUCAGCCACCCAGCCAUCUCCUGUGAAAGCCAUAUUUGAUAAACAGGAACUUGAGGGCGAAAAAGCGCAGGCCGUCGCCAGCGCCUGCUCUGCCUAUUGUGUGCAGCUCAUGGACAUGGGAUUUCCUAGGAAGAAUAUAGAGUUUGCUCUGAAGUCGCUCUCCGGCACAUCUGGGAAUGCAUCUGGUUUGCCUGGUGUGGAAGCCUUGGUUGGGUGGCUACUAGACCACUCUGAUGUCCAGGUUACAGAGUUCUCGGAUGCGGACACAGUAUCUGACGAGUAUUCAGACGAGGAGGUGGUGGAAGAUGUGGACGAUACCCCAUACCCUGUGGCUGCUGGUGCUGUUGUGACUGAGAGCCAGACUUACAAGAAGCGUGCUGACUUCCUGAGUAACGAUGACUACGCUGUGUAUGUGAGAGAGAACGUUCAGGUGGGAAUGAUGGUUCGAUGCUGUCGAGCAUAUGAAGAAGUGUGUGAAGGUGAUGUGGGCAAAGUCAUCAAGCUGGACAGAGAUGGAUUGCAUGACCUCAAUGUGCAGUGUGAUUGGCAGCAGAAAGGGGGUACUUAGUGGGUUAGCUAUAUUCACGUUGAACUCAUAGGUUAUCCCCCACCGAGUUCUUCUUCUCACAUCAAGAUUGGUGAUAAAGUACGGGUCAAAGCUUCCGUAACCACACCAAAAUACAAGUGGGGAUCCGUUACUCAUCAAAGUGUGGGGCUCGUGAAAGGGCAGUCUGCAGUCUUCUGUGGCCGUUCCGGAAAGCAGCUGAAGCUCUGUCACAGCAGUCAGCCUGGAAUGCUGCUAGACAGCUGGUCGCGGAUGGUGAAGAGUCUGAAUGUGUCGUCCUCUGUGAACCAGGCCUCUCGUCUCAUUGAUGGCAGUGAGCCCUGUUGGCAAUCAUCUGGAUCCCAAGGGAAGCAUUGGAUUCGUUUGGAGAUUUUCCCAGAUGUUCUUGUUCAUAGAUUUAAAAUGAUAGUAGAUCCUGCAGACAGUAGCUACAUGCCAUCCCUGGUCGUGUAUCACAGGUACAUUGAGAUCGCAAUAAAGCAGUGCAGGAGCUCAGGGAUUGAUUGCAAAAUUCACGGUCUCAUCCUGCUGGGACGCAUCCGGGCUGAGGAGGAGGAUUUGGCAGCGGUUCCUUUUCUGGCUUCAGAUAACGAGGAGGAGGAGGAUGACAAAGGCAGCACUGGGAGUCUCAUUAGAAAGAAGACUGCCGGGUUGGAGUCAACGGCUACAAUAAGAACCAAAGUGUUUGUGUGGGGCCUGAAUGACAAGGACCAGCUGGGUGGGCUCAAAGGCUCUAAGAUCAAGGUUCCUUCAUUCUCUGAGACUCUGUCCGCUCUGAAUGUGGUUCAGGUGGCUGGUGGAUCUAAGAGUUUGUUUGCAGUGACUGUGGAAGGGAAGGUGUACUCCUGUGGAGAAGCCACAAACGGCCGGCUGGGGCUGGCUAUGUCCAGCGGGACGGUCCCUAUUCCUCGGCAGAUCACAGCCCUCAGCAGCUACGUGGUCAAAAAGGUAGCGGUCCACUCAGGUGGCCUGCACGCUACAGCCUUAACAGUGGAUGGGAAAGUGUUCUCGCGGGGUGAAGGUGAUGAUGGGAAACUUGGACACUUCAGUAGAAUGAACUGUGACAAGCCAAGGCUGAUCGAGGCCCCGAAAACCAAGCGCAUCAGGGACAUAGCCUGGGGCAGUUCUCACAGUGCAGCCCUGACGUCCAGCGGGGAGCUGUACACCUGGGGCCUGGGCGAGUAUGGCCGCUUGGGACACGGUGAUAAUACCACACAGCUGAAGCCCAAAAUGGUGAAAGUCCUUCUUGGUCACAGAGUAAUCCAGGUUGCGUGUGGAAGCCGAGAUGCACAGACACUGGCUCUCACUGAUGAAGGUUUGGUGUUUUCCUGGGGUGAUGGUGAUUUUGGAAAAUUGGGCCGAGGGGGAAGUGAAGGCUGUAACAUUCCCCAGAACAUCGAGAGACUAAAUGGCCAGGGUGUGUGCCAGAUUGAGUGCGGAGCUCAGUUUUCCUUGGCACUCACCAAGUCAGGAGUGGUGUGGACAUGGGGGAAAGGGGACUACUCCAGACUGGGCCACGGCUCAGAUGUGCACGUGCGGAAGCCACAAGUGGUGGAGGGACUGAGAGGGAAGAAGAUCGUGCAUGUGGCGGUCUGAGCCCUGCACUGCCUGGCGGUCACAG